AUGUCAACAAUAACUUGUAGUCUUCCAAUUAUUGAUCUUGGUUUAUACUUGAAUGAUAAGAAUUCUGAACUGGCAAUUGAAGAAUGUCAUAAAACAGCAAAAGCAUUAAAAGAUUAUGGUGCCUUAUUGAUUAAAGAUCCUCGUGUGACGGAAGAUGAUAAUUCCAGGUUUUUAACAAAACUUAAAGAUGCGCGUCCAGAAGUUGGAUACCAAGUUUAUGUAACACCCGAAUUGAUAGAAGAACCAAAAUGUCAUC